AAGUCUAUAUAUUCUUACUUUAUGACCGUGGAACGCCUGAUGUUGGAUUUCUCCAGAAAAUGAAAAAGUAAAUUAAACCAUGCGGAACACGUGUAUGUAGUUUACAUAUCGACAUCUUUACUGAUAAUGGAUAUACAGCAAGCUGAUAUAUUGUGAACUGAUAAAUAACGAAAGACCACUUCAUUGUGCAAUAAUAGGUUUAUCUCCAGAUUUCUUAUCCCGCACUGUGGAAUUUCUAUCUAUUAUGUGAACUGGUUGUAUUCAUUCAAAAUGAAUUUUAGAAUACAAUCAACUUAAUUACUCAGGAGUAUAUGUAUAUUUCUCACGAUGGGUUUAUACAAAGUCACGGGAUUUUUAGCCACUAUCGUCACCUCGGUGUGUUACAUGGUGUCGUUUUGCGCGCCGUUCUGGUACUACAUAGACCUGGGUCCACAGGAAAUAUACGGAGGAUUGUGGUUGUCCUGUCUGUCGAAUUUCAUCACCAAGACGUGUUCGAAUAAAGUGAACGGUUCUAACCCAGGGUGGAUACACGUUUAUCAGACCUUUGGCUGUUUAGCCCUCGUCUGUGUUAUCGCCAGUCUGGUCCUCGCCAUCAUUUACAUGUUCUUAUGGCAACUCAAAGAAUGGCUUCGUAAAGCCAUUAUAUGCAGUGCGUUUGCUAGUGGGAUCAUGAUCUUUCUUUGUGUAACGAUAUUUGCCGCCAAAUUUCGAGACCGAGACUACGAGAAGGAGGAUCUGAGUUUCUGCUUCUACCUAGCCAUUGUAGGAAUUCUGACCUCGAUAGGGACAGGUGCGGUGCUUCUUGUUGGUAAAACCAAAGGGGACUGAAUUCGUAGUUGUGCAUGGCGAUUAUAAUUCAGACCCACAGGAAGCAUCUCCACACCAGAAUGAACAUAUCAAACUUAAAUCGCACAGGGUGCUUGCACAUCAUUUUGUGUUGAAAUACUAUCCUUGGUCUUCAAUUUCUUAUUAAUUUUUUUGUGUUUCAUUUUUAUUAUUGGUUUAGAAACUUCCUAUCUAUUCCAAUUAUGCGAAACUGUUGCAGUCAUGGUACAAAUAUAUUUUAUCAGCUCGUUAGAGGGAUCUUGGAAUCAUUCUAAUUAUCUCCCCUCUUGGAAGGGAGCAUGGUCCUUCAUUUGAAACAAACCCGAAUCCCUCUAGAAGAAUUCAAUUAAUCGUUUUGGGAGCUUUCAUAAAAACAUAUCAACUUCACAA